AUGGAAUGCUUUGGUGGGACUGAUGACCCUGAAUACUGUGAUAAGAAUAGAAUAAGGGCCGAAAAGAACGAACCCGAAGCCCAUAUGAGUCGCCCGAAAAUCCCGCUCCACGAAAGCGAUGACGAAGUCAAAAGUCUCACCAAAAGCGAAUCGAAUGGAAUAGGUGUUGGAAAAGGCAAACCAACCGAUAGUUGUGAAAUUUUGGAUGUCAUUAGUAUAGAGUGGAAGAAAAAAAUCGAAUCAUUUAAGACCCGUUUUAGUGUAAUUAAGCGUGAUGAAAGCCCAGUGAAACGAAAGAAAAGUGCUGUUGAUGAGGCGUAUGAAAAUGACCAGGAAGUUGUUGGUGCUUGUAAAGUUUGGAAGUUGAAAGUCGAAAAUAUCAGAGGUGUGAAGUCAGAUCCACCAAGCUUAAAGAAACAUGAUGGUGAAGUCGGCGAUAAUAUAAGAAUGGUGAAAUGUAAGGAUAUUGGUAACAGCCCAUCGUUCAGCAAUAAUAAAGUGAAUGUUAAGGUUAAAAGGGUGCAGAUGAAGGUUAGAGUUGAAUUGUGGAGAACUCUUACGAUGAAGAAGUUGCACGGUCUUAUAAUCGAAACCCGAAGUGCCGAUAAAGAUAGAAUUGGUAGUUUAGUGGAACGUCCAUUUAUGAAAAACAAUAUAGGCGAUC